CGCCAGUGCAGUUUCACGGGCGUGAUAACAUAUCGUGAAUAUUAAUAAUUCAUGUGUAUAUACUCCGCCUGCUGUAUCAUAUAAAUGGCGUUUCUUAUAAAUAAAUAUAAAAUCUAGUAUAUUAUAUAAAUACUAUACCAUGUCGCUCUAGUAGGAAAAAAGUAAAAACUUCUAAGAUACAUAUGUAACUAAUGUCGUCAAUAAAUUAUGAACAAAGAACACCAUACAUGCAGAAAAUCGGUCUAAAUACAAACAGCAGGAGAAUUAAAAGAAAACCUCAAAAGCUUUGUCCUGGUUGUAAAGAAACGGACGAUUCUGUCAAGAUAUUUUCUAAUAAAGUGAAUAGGAUAGAAGAAAUAGUCAAUAACUUUCAUAAGAACUUUACCAGGAAGACUAAUCGAAUCUCCAUAUUCCGUGCGAAGUUUACUUUAAACAAUAUUCCUUGUGAAUUAGAGUACGAUUUAUCGAAUUUCACGUUAGAAAGUUUACAAAAAUUGGCUAACUUUGCAACUCAAAGUUGCAAUAAUGACAACAAAGGUAUUAAUAACAAACCUUCCAAAAAGAAUGAUUAACGCGUUUUCGAAUAUUAAAUUGAAUAUUCAGUUCUAUUAAGAUUUUUUUUCCAAUGUAAGCAUUUUCAAUUAAUAGAAAUUAGUUUUUUAAAUUAUGCUUUUAUUAUUUUAUUUUAUAUUUUUUAUCCGAGGGCUUUAGUACAAAAAAUACAAUUUUAAUAGUACGAGAAAAAUUCGCAAACACAAUUUCGUAAUCGUUAUGUUAAGGAAUAAUUACUAAGAUUUUAAGAUAUAAGAUUCAUUAAUUUUACAAUAAAUACAACAAGUGUUUCACUGCAACUAAUUUAAGCCAAUGGCUAAAUAUUAAAAAA